AUGGGUUCGUACAGCGGUUCCCAGCAAGGCUUCGAGUCUAUCAUUUCGGGCUUGACGGUAGAAGAGAAAGCAACUCUUCUCUCUGGCGCCGAUUUCUGGACUACCUCGCCGGUCACUCGGGUCGGUAUUCCAGCGCUGAAGGUGUCUGAUGGACCUAAUGGAGCGAGGGGAGGCCACUUUCAAGGCAAGACCACGAGCGCAUGCUUUCCGGCUUCCGUGUCUCUGGCCGCCUCUUUUGACCGAGAGUUCGCAUACAAGAUCGGCAGAGCUCUAGGCCAGGAAACGAAGACGAAAGGUGCUCAUGUUCUACUCGGGCCUACAGUCUGUCACCAUCGGGAUCCGAGAGGUGGCCGAAACUUCGAGUCCUUCUCCGAAGACCCCUUGCUCGCCGGCGAAUUAGCGAGUGAAUGGAUCGCCGGACUGCAGAGCGAAGGGGUCGGUGCUACCGUCAAGCACUACGCCGUAAACGAACAAGAAACUCGACGUUUUACCAUUGAUGCCAGAGUCGACCAGCGUGCCCUGCGAGAGAUCUACUUGAAGCCAUUCGAGAUCGCGGUGAAAAGGGCAGAUCCUUGGGCAAUUAUGACGAGCUACAAUCUUGUCAACGGCAAGCACGCCGACGAACACAAGGAAUUGAUCACAGACAUCCUCCGUGGUCAGUGGGGCUUCAAAGGCCUAGUCAUGAGUGACUGGGGUGGUACAAAUAGUGUUGCUCCUUCGCUGAACGCUGGCCACGAUCUGGAAAUGCCAGGUCCUCCACUCAAAAGGACCGUUGACAACAUCCAAAGGGCUCUUCAAACCGGGGAAUUGACCGAGGACACAUUGAACCAACGCGUGGGAAAUGUCCUCAAGCUUCUGCAGCGGGCUGGCAAGUUUGAGAACCCAGAAAUCGCUGAAGAACAGGCGGUCGACCUCCCAGAACACCGAAGUCUCAUUAGACAGGCUGCUGCUGAAUCCAUGGUCCUGCUCAAGAACACCAACAAUAUUCUGCCAUUGAAAUCGACAAAUACCAAGUCGAUCGCGCUCCUUGGGCUCGCCAGAGAAUACCUUGGUCAUGGGGGAGGCUCUGCCUCGGUGAACAGCCACCACAAGGUGACAGCAUAUGAAGCCUUGCAGGCAGCCGUGGGCUCUUCAGUGCAGUUAAACUACGCCGAAGGCGCUCGAAUUGUGCGCAACCUAUCACCCUUGUCGGAGAAUGUCUAUAAUGAGGAGGGAGUCCCCGGAUUCACCAUGAAGACAUUCUCGAAACUCAAUGGCGACAACCCAACCGUCUCGACCGUGCCUUCUAGUGUGUAUCGUACACUUGAACCAUCAUCUAUUGAUCAGAUGACACUCCUGGGCACAUUCAAACCCAAAACCUCUGGGCUGCAUUACAUCUCGCUCUCUACGCUCGGCGGCACCAGGGUCUAUAUCAACGACGAGCUCGUCUUCGACUACUCCAACUCCCAGACUACGGACAUCAUGGCUUUCCUGAUUGGCUCCCCCGGCGAAGACAAGAAAAGAUAUCUCUUCACGGCUGGUGAGAGUUAUAGAAUUCGCAUUGAGGCAAAGGCCACAAAGGACACUAUCUCUGGUUUUUCACUUUUCACCAAAGAAGCGAUUGGAUUCAGCCUGGGUUUCGCCCUGGAAUCAGAACACGACGCCGAUCUCUUGACUGCGGCAAUUGAAGCCGCAAAGUCUUCGGACGUCGCCGUCGUGUUUGUCGGUCACACUCCGAUCUGGGAGUCCGAAGGAGCAGAUCGUUCUGGCAUGGAUCUGCCCAAAGACGGGUCUCUGGACGCGCUUGUCGUGGCUGCGGCCAAAGUGAAUCCCAACACCGUUGUGGUGAAUUCAACUGGAUCUGCAAUCUCCAUGCCAUGGAUUGAAGAUGUUGCCGCGGUGGUGCAGGCAUGGUUCCCAGGCCAAGAAGCAGGGCACUCGAUUGCCGAUGUGCUCUUGGGCAAGGUCACCCCCAGUGGAAAAUUGCCAGUGACCUUCCCCAGAGCCAUCACCGAUGUUCCAUCAUAUGAGAACUUCCCCGGGGAUAUCAAAAAUGAAGUCGUGCAUUACAAGGAGAGCAUCUACACCGGGUAUCGACACUUUGACCGGCGACCAGAGGGAGUCCUCUUUCCGUUUGGGUUUGGGCUGUCUUAUACUACCUUCGACGUUGUGGUGACUUCCGUGUCUCGAACGAAGCUGAGAAACCACGAGACACUGACCGUGAGCGCUGACGUUACAAACACAGGGACCACAGAAGGCGCCGAGGUGGUUCAAGUUUAUGUCGGUGCUGGUGAGGGCACCUCGGCGAUCGACAGGCCAGCCAAGGAAUUGGCCGGGUUUGCAAAGGUCCACCUCAGGCCUGGUGAAGCCCGAAAGGUGGCCAUUACUUUCGGAAGAGAUAGUGUGGCAUACUGGAACGAGUCCAGAGAUAAGUGGUCUGUCGACAAAGGUGCGUACACGAUAUAUGUUGGGACAUCAAGCGUUGAUAUCGCUGGAAAGUUGGAGGUGGAGGUGCCAGAGGCCUUCGACUUUGAUCCUUGA